UGCACCUGAUUCUAUUCCCGCGAUGAACAUGUGCAAAGUUCCACCAUACAUACGUUCCAGGCAGGCGCGAGUGAGGAAAAACUUGUCACUCGUUGUAUGGCAAUGAACGACACCACGAGAUAAUCAUCUGUUCAAAUGUGCCGUAUUAUAGUUAGCAAAAACAAAAACUGUGUAAUAAUACCUUUUAAAUCUUCAAUUAAAAUGAGUACGCACAUCGGUUUUACGACUUAAUGUCCCACGUUUUACGUACUAGACUGACUAGGCGAAGUCUACUUGGGAUUAGAGUUCUUAUUAAUUAAGUCAGUUCAGCUUUGAUUCCCCCGGGAGUAACGUUCGUGCACUUUUCUCGUAUUACUAUGAAGGUGGUUAACUACGCUAGUGUUGAGAAAUUAUACAAACAGUUUCCGGACCUUCGCAAGCAAGAUGUAAAGGAGUUUGGAUUGUGGGUGCAAACCCAGGCACAUUUGCCACCUGUAUCAGAGCUUGAAAUGAUUCAGUUUAUUCAAUCAAAUGAGUACGACAUGGAAGCAGCCAAACGGACUGCCGAGGCGUUUUAUACGUUCCGGUCCAGCUAUAAAGAUUUCUUCAACGACAGGGAUAUAUUCGCUGCACCUAUACAGCGAUCAAUGGAUGUACUGUCGUUAGUCAUUCUUCCAGAUCUCACGCCCAUGGGAUACCACGUGCUUCUUGCUAAAAUAAUAGAUUCAGACGCGUCAAAGUUCAAUUUAGCAACAAUUUUGAAACUAGCUUUUAUGUGCGUGGAUGUGGCGUUAUGGGAGGAAGGUUGCACCGAAGGAUUCCUGUUGGUCAUUGAUAUGAAUGGACUCCACUUGGGUCACUUCCCGAAGCUUGGGAUAUUUACUCUUAAAAACUUCCUAUAUUACAUACAAGAAGCCUUACCCAUCCGGUUGAAGGGAGUGCAUUUGAUCAAUGUCGUUCCAUUCAUCGAUAAGAUUGUGGCUAUGAUUAAACCCUUUAUGAAGAAAGAAAUUCUGGAAAUAUUUCACCUGCAUCAAAAAGAGGAUACCGUAUAUCCCUACAUUCCCCAAAAUAUUCUACCCAGUGAAUACGGUGGUAAUGCACCUUCCAGGCUAUUCUUAACAAAGCAACUUUUCGACAAAACCAUAGAACUGAGAGACUUUAUACUAGAAAAGGAACGAUCCCAGAAAGUGGAUGAAAGCAAGCGCAUAAGAACACGAUCUAUAUCAAAUAUGUUUGGUUUGUUCUAAAUAAUUUAUGAUUAAAUUUUGAUUUUUUAAUUUAAUUAUCUAGAUCAAACAUAUUUUGAGUU